AUGUAUGAACCAUCGAAUCUGUACCACGUCCUCAAGGAUGCCGCCUCAUCCCGCGCUGGUCUUUCCGUGUAUCCGCCCGGAGACACCGAAACACCCAGUGAGCUAGCCUAUCAUGACCUUUUUGUGUCUGCAAAACAUAAGGCACGGUUGUUGCAUGGUUUUACAGCUGCCGCCGAUAGACCCAUCGUCCUUCUUCAUUUCGACAAUCAUCUGGAGACCAUCGAGUGGCUAUGGGCGACAAUAGUUGCGGGUUUCCUACCUGCAAUCUCUACUCCUUUUGUCAAUGACCUGGGCCAAAGGAAGAAACACUUGUUGCAUCUCAACUCCACCCUCCAUGACCCGCUCAUGCUCACCACGGCACGCUUGAAACCCGAAUUCCUCGGCAUCCAGCAACUGAGACUUCAUUCAAUUGAGGAAAUCCAGAAUGAGUACAACUUCAGAAACGCGGUGUACCGUCCCUUCGACUACUCGACCAAGGCCGCCGAACACGAAACACUGUUCCAGGGCACCUAUGCAAAACCAGCGGACUUGGCAGUGCUCAUGCUGACUUCCGGAAGCACCGGCUACGCUAAAGCGGUCUGUCUCAGUCACGGCCAGAUGAUCAAAGCAGUCAAAGGGAAGUCCAAGUACCAUGGCACCUCGAGCGAAAAGGUCUUCCUGAAUUGGAUUGGCAUGGAUCACGUCGCAAAUCUCACAGAGAUCCACCUGCACGCCAUGUUACUUGGUGCGAACCAGAUCCACGUCCACGCUGCGGACCUGUUGGUGCAGCCGUCAAAAUUCGUCAGCUUAUUGGGCAAGCAUCAGGUCGCGCAUACGUUUGCACCCAACUUCUUCCUAGCCGCUUUAAGGAAAUCGCUGGAAACCCCGGCCGGCUCAAAGCUUUGCGAGGGAGCUGACUUGUCGAAUUUGAGAGCAGUGAUAUCUGGAGGAGAAGCAAACGUGGUUGAGACCUGCGAUGCUGUCACCAAACUCUUGAACUACUACGGCGUAGAAUGGAACGUGAUUAGGCCAGGGUUUGGCAUGACCGAGACCUGCGCAGGCUCCAUCUACGGUACAUCGUGCCCAUCUUACGAGCUGGAACGAGAUUUGGAGUUUGGCUCUGUUGGUUCCUGUAUCCCGGGUAUCCACAUGCGUAUAGUGGCAGACGAUGGUACGGUGGCAGCUCAGGGCGAAGUUGGGCAUCUGCAGGUCCACGGCAGUAUCGUUUUUGAACGAUACUACAACAAUCCGGAGGCCACUGCGAGUGCCUUCACCCAUGACGGUUGGUUCAUCACCGGAGACCAAGGAUAUUUGGAUGAAACCGGAAGUCUCAAUCUCUCCGGACGAGCAAAGGAGAGCAUUAUCAUUAACGGGGUCCAAAUCUACCCUCACCAGAUUGAGUCGGCACUCGAGGAUGCGUAUCUGCCUGGGGUUGUUCCCUCGUUCUUCGCCUGCUUCCCUCACCGGCCGUCAGGAUCGCAAACAGAACGUUUCUGCCUGGUCUACUGUCCAACGUAUGCCAAACACUGCAUCACCACGCGCGUGGAGACAAACGAUGCUAUUGCGAGAAUCUCGGCCAUGAUCUGUGGUUCGAGACCCUACCAGAUCAUUCCACUAGAGGAAUCCCAGCUCCCAAAAAGCGCCCUAGGCAAACUCUCUCGCACCAAGAUUAGAACGGCGUUCGAAGCAGGAGCAUACCAAGGGAUUCUGCAAGAGCACCUUUCCGCGAUUCAGGCCCACAAGAGCAGCAUGCGACAAAAUCGAAUUCUCACAGAGACGGAGAAGGUCGUCCUUUCAACCUUUUUGGAUCUUCUCGAGCUCGAUUCUGCAGAUAUCGGUGUGGACAGCAAUAUGCUCGAGGCAGGAAUAACUUCGAUCGACUUGCUGAAAAUGCAAAAAGUGCUGCAGACCAAGUUUGCCAUUGCGGAAAUCCCUCUGAUAACGCUACUGACAAACCCAACCAUUGAGGGUAUGUCCACAGCCAUAGACAAAUCAAGAGGCGCCGCAUCCGGCAAGUUCGCGGACUACACUCCUGUUGUACCCUUGGGUACCAAAGGAUCUAAGACUCCACUUUGGCUAGUACAUCCAGGUGUUGGAGAGGUGCUUGUCUUCUUGAACCUCGCAAAGUUCAUCACUGACCGACCUGUAUACGCACUUCGCGCGAAAGGAUUUGAGCAAGGCGAAGACUUUUUCGACAACAUACCCGAUGUGGUCGAAACCUAUCGCAAGCACAUCCGUGAGACUCAACCUCAAGGCCCCUACGCCAUCGCGGGAUACUCCUUCGGUGCCAUGCUCGCCUUUGAGAUAUCCAAACUUCUUGAAGCACAGGGCGAAACGGUGAGCUUUCUGGGCUCCUUCAACCUUCCACCUCACAUCAAAACGCGGAUGAAUCAGCUUGACUGGAUUGAAGUAGCUCUCAAUAUCGGCUGCUUCCUUGACCUCUACUCGGAGGACUACCAGCAUUGCAUUUCGCAUGACAUGCAUGAGAAGCAGGACCAAGAGGUCCUUAGCUACAUCAUGGAGAAAGCGCCACCGAACAGACUGGCCGAGCUUUCGCUUACGCGUACGAAACUGGAGAGGUGGAUCUCCUUGGCUCAUGCCAUGCAGAAUGCAGCCACCAACUACGAUCCCUCUGGAUCAGUGGCCAAUAUUGACAUCUUCUAUUGCACGCCGCUGGCGUCCGUGUCUAAGAGUCGUUCCCAGUGGUUGGAAGAGUAUCUGAGCAAAUGGAAGGAUUUCUCGAGGGGAGAGCCACGCUUUCAUGAGGUUGAUGGGGCUCACUACACUAUGCUAGAUCCGGACAACGUACACUCGUUCCAGAAGACGUUGAAAUCUGUGCUGGUGGAAAGAGGUCUCUAG